AUGUUCUCUGGAAUGUCAUCCCUCCGCAAGGAGGAGAAGGACGCGAAGCCUGUCGAGCUGUCCGAGCAGCAGAAGAAGAUGCAGGACUACCUGAAGAAGUACACCGGCGGGGGCGCGGAGGACGCCAAGAAGAAGAAGAAGAGGAAGCGCAAGGUCGCGCCGCCGGGGACCAUCUCCAUCGUGGACGAGGACGCAGCGCUCCCGAAGGCCCCGUCGCGCGCAGACGCGGAGCCUGACGACGCCGAGCUGGACCCCCUGAACGCGGGGGAAGACGCGCCCGCGAUCGCCAACCUCGACGAGUUCAAGUUCCAGAUGCGCCGCCAGGAGCAGGCGCAGAAGUCGAUGGCGGCGGCAGGCUCCCCCCCGGCACAAAAGCGAGACAUCAACAAGAUGUCGGACGGCAGCAAAGCAGGCAUGAUCAAGGGCCAGGAGCUGAAGCACGAGCUGCAGAAGAAGGCGGACAUGGAGCGGCGCAGGUUCGAGGCGCUCGGGGAGGAGCAGACGGGGCGCGCGGCGGAGACGGUGUACCGCGACAAGCACGGGCGCAAGGUGGACAAGUCGCACUUCGAGGCGGAGCGCAAGGGGCUGAGCAGGGACGAGCGGCGCGGGGAGCGCCCGGAGUGGGCGCAGGGCCUCGCGCAGCAGGCGCAGGUGGCCGCGCGGCGGGAGGACGCAGGGCGCGAGCUGAGCAAGCAGUUCAUCGUCACGAAGGAGGACCGCGACCUGAACGACACGCAGCGGCGGCGCACGCGCUGGGGGGACCCGAUGGCGCACCUGGUCGGGCGCCGCGGCGGCGAGGAGGACCCUGCGCCGGUGAUCGCGCAGGACGCGCUGGGGUUCUUCCAGUCGAAGGGGUUCCGCAUCCCGCAGGAGGUGCCCCCGCACUCGUGGAUCAAGCGCAAGGCCGUGCCGCCGCUCAACAGAUACGGCAUCCGCCCCGGGCGGCACUGGGACGGCGUGGACCGCAGCAACGGGUUCGAGGCGAAGAUGUUCGACAUGCUGGCCCAGCGGCAGCACAAGCAGGAGCAGUCGUACCGCGACCUGGUGGACGACAUCUAG